AUGAUCGCCAUGGAUGAUGGACAUUCUCAGUAUCGUAGAUACUGGCAACUGCAUUCGCCGAACGGCGACAGCGACAACAGCAACGGUAGCCAACGUGCGGUGGCUGUUACCCGUAGCGAAGUAGAGCAGCAGCAGCAGCAGCAGCAACAACAACUACAUCGCCAACGACAGCAGCAACGUCAAGCGACCGCUACCGUUCCGGUUCUCGCCUGCACUAAUCAAUCGUCUAUCACCACGACUACGACCGCCCUCACAGUGGCAUCAAGCAUGCUACUUUUGCAGACACAGAGUGCCAAUCCCUUUGGCUUCGGGGAUUUCCUGAAUAGCCCUUAUCCGGACGCUGCGGAUACGAGCUUGCCCGAGGAGUUGGAUCCCUUUCCGGAACUGCAACUCGGGAAUCCGCAGGGUGUACCUCCGGUCGACGACUCUGUUCAAUCUCAGCAAAGUGUACACCAUCAGCAGCCAUCGCAACCGCCACCACCACCGCCACCCCUCCCCGAAGACAUCCAAGCUGAUUCUCUUAGUCCUACGCCGUUACCGAGCUUCCAGGAGACCUACACGCAGCGAUACACUAGGCAAGAGCUCCAGAGUCUCGGUAUUAAGAUGGACGAUGAAUGCUACGACAACCCGGUAUAUUCCUGCACUCCUCAUUACCCGACCGAUUUCUCGACCGCGGUGCCCUAUCACGAGCAGCAACCACAGCAGCAGCACCCUCACCACCACCCGCAGCAUCACCAGCCGCAGCAGGCCCCGCAUCACCAUCAAGGCUACUUCCCUACGGAAUCGGCGCCCACUCCGGCGACGGCGGUUGUACCGCCCUCCAGUCAUCGGCAGGACCCAUCCUACGGGGUGGCUGUCACCAUGCCCAUGGUUUACGGGGCACCAUCGGCUAUUGCCAGCGUCGCCACUCCCGUAGUUCCUACCGAUCUCUGUCCCAAUGUCGACACCAGCGUCGUCAUUGGUACUCGGCCGCGAAGGGCGUCACUGCCCACUCAGAGAUCAGAAUCGGCAAGUAGUGGGAGCACGGAUUCCCCGAAGCCACGCGGCGGCGGUACCGCGAGCUCCACCGUCAGUUCGCCGUCGCCCGGAAGCGGCACCAGUGGCGAACGCGCACCACCGAGCCCGAGUCAGCUCUGCGCCGUGUGCGGCGACACCGCGGCCUGUCAGCACUACGGUGUGCGCACAUGCGAGGGCUGCAAGGGCUUCUUCAAGAGGACCGUGCAGAAGGGCUCCAAGUACGUGUGCUUGGCCGAGAAGGCUUGCCCGGUAGACAAACGCCGGCGAAACCGUUGCCAGUUCUGCCGAUUCCAGAAGUGCCUGAUGGUUGGCAUGGUUAAGGAGGUCGUUAGAACAGAUUCUCUGAAGGGCCGUCGAGGUAGACUGCCUUCAAAGCCCAAGUCACCGCAAGAAUCCCCACCGAGUCCGCCGGUCUCUUUGAUCACCGCUCUGGUUCGCGCCCAUCUGGACACAACGCCGGACAAGGCAAGCCUGGAUUACUCACAGUACCGACAACCUAGACCGGGCGAUCCUCCAAUGACCGAGGCUGAGAAGAUUCAACAAUUCUAUAACUUAUUAACAACCUCAAUCGAUGUUAUCCGAAACUUCGCCGACAAAAUCCCCGGAUUCACGGAUCUAGUGCGGGAAGAUCAGGAACUGCUCUUCCAAUCGGCCAGUCUAGAACUGUUUGUGCUCAGGCUGGCGUACCGCACGAACCCGGACGACACGAAGCUGGUCUUCUGCAACGGUGUCGUCCUCGCGCUGGAGCAAUGUCAGCGCAGUUUCGGCGACUGGCUGCACAGCAUUCUCGACUUCUGCAAGGCCCUCCACUUUCUGGAGGUCGAUAUCAGCGCCUUCGCCUGUCUGUGCGCUCUCACCCUGGUUACUGAGAGGUACGGAUUGAAGGAACCGCAGCGCAUGGAACAGCUGCAGAUGAAAAUUGUCUCGUCCUUGCGCGACCACGUGACCUAUAAUGCCGAGGCGCAGAGGAAGUCGCAGUACCUGUCGUACUUACUGGGGAAGAUACCAGAGCUGAGGAGCCUCUCGGUCCAGGGCCUCCAGCGGAUCUUCUACCUCAAGCUGGAGGACCUGGUGCCGGCGCCACCCCUGAUCGAGACGAUGUUUGUCGGUAGCCUGCCCUUCUAA